UUUGCCCCUUUACUGCUCUCGUUUUGUCCUCUCCAUUGCUCCUACUACGACGGCGUUGGGUUGGGAAGAAAUGCAGCCACCGAGCAUGGGUUACGGCGGCGGCAACGGGUACCACCUUCAAAAUGGUGGCGUAGAGACCCACGGAGAGCAAAAGUUCCGGCGGAAGGCCAGUCGUGGUGGUCGGAGGUCCCGUCUUUACCGUGGAGCGGCACCUGAUGGCCCUGUGACGGCUGCAGCUAGGGUUUCGAAUUCGUCUUUGCCAGACAGAGACACGCCUCCUCCUUGUACCGACUUUGACAUGGCCUACUUCCACUCUUAUUCUCACGUUGGCAUACACGAAGAGAUGAUCAAGGAUCGAGUACGAACUGAAACUUAUAGGACAGCAAUUAUGCAGCACCAGAAUUACAUUGCAGGAAAAGUUGUAGUGGAUGUUGGCUGUGGAACAGGCAUUCUUUCUAUCUUUUGUGCUCAAGCAGGUGCAAAACGGGUCUAUGCAGUGGAUGCCAGUGACAUUGCUGUGCAGGCAAAUGAAGUUGUUAAGGCAAAUAAUCUGUCUGACAGAGUCAUUGUUUUGCAUGGACGAAUUGAGGAUGUUGAAAUUGAUGAGGAGGUUGAUGUCAUAAUUUCAGAGUGGAUGGGCUACAUGCUUCUUUAUGAGAGCAUGCUAGGGAGCAUUAUUACUGCCCGGGAUCGCUGGCUAAAACCUGGAGGUCUUAUUCUUCCUUCAACUGCAACGUUGUACAUGGCACCCAUCACACAUCCUGACAGAUACCGUGAAAGCAUUGAUUUCUGGCGCAAUGUGUAUGGGAUUGAUAUGUCUGCUAUGUUGCCAUUAGCAAAACAGUGUGCAUUUGAAGAACCAUCUGUUGAGACAAUAACGGGUGAAAAUGUUUUGACAUGGCCGCAUGUGGUAAAGCAUGUGGACUGCUAUACAAUUACAACUCAUGAGUUAGAAUCCAUUACAACAAGGUUUAAAUUUAAGUCAAUGAUGCGGGCUCCAUUUCAUGGAUUUGCUUUCUGGUUUGACGUUGAAUUCAGCAGCUCUGCAAUAUUCCCCACUGACAAUAAUGCUCAAUCUUCAGCAAUGGAAUCUCUUAAUGAUCAUCCUUCUGAUUGUAGUCAGAGGAAGAAACGCGCAAAUCCAAAUGAAACUCUUGUGCUUUCUACUGCACCUGAGGAUCCUCCAACACAUUGGCAACAGACAUUGAUCUACUUUUAUGAUCCCAUAGAGGUGGAGCAAGAUCAAGUCAUUGAAGGAUCCUUAACAUUAUCACAAAGCAAAGAAAACGCUCGAUUCAUGAAUAUUCAUCUUGAAUAUGCAUCGGGUGGUCGUUCAUUUGUGAAAGAGUCGGUGAUGCGAUGAUCCUGUAAAAGAAUCUCCACAUUACGGUGGUUGUUUAACUUAAAAAGAGUUGAAUGAGAGAACUGGGCUCAAUUACCAAUUACCAAUGAGAUUACUGGGCUCAAAUCAGGGUUACGCUUCUGCAGCAGGACUUUUGGCUAGAGUUGGAUUGAAGUGCAACAGUUGCAGUGGGUGAACUAAUUGGCCUUUUCCAUGGCUUUUUACUUGAUGAUGAUGAAGCCUGGGGAAGAAGCGAUUAUAUAUGGUUAAACUAGUUGAUAAUUAUAUAUAUAUAUAUAUAUAUGCAUAGGCGCAUUGGUUUAGGCACAUCAUGUUGUCAACCACGCCUGUGUUUCGAUAGAGUGCCAUAAUGUUCCGUUUGAAGUUGUAUUCCAUUCCUAGCUGAUAUUUAAGAUUCAAAGUCUGUUUAGGGGAAUUAAUGUUGACCUUCAUUAGCAAAAAGACUUAUGCUUUCAUUUUUUUAAUCUAAUAGGACAUUAAUUUUGGAUGCACAUAAA